AUGGCUGCUAGCGGUGGCUGCAAGGGCAAAUCUAUUUGCUCAAAGCAUGUCACCAUGCUCACGGCCGUAAUUAUGAGCUUUGGAGUCAUCUCCUGUUGUCUCGGCCAUGGCGGGGGGGAUCAUGAUGGCCAUCUCGGGGCGAAGGGGGGAAGCUGCAUAGAGAGCGAGAGGAGAGCUCUCCUAGACAUCAGAUCCGACAUGUAUGACUCUGGCGAAAUAUUCUCUACUUGGAUCGGUGAAGAUUGCUGUCGUUGGAGAGGAGUGGCCUGCGACAACACCACCAGCCAUGUCAUCAAACUCGACCUCCACUAUCCUUACUCCUACACAGACGAUUGGGAUGAUGAGGUUAACAUUUGCUACUUGCUGAAUGAGAUGGGUGCGAGUAAGGUAAAUCCCGCUUUGCGUGAUCUGAAGCAUUUGAAAUAUCUGGAUUUGAGCAUGAAUAAUUUCUUUGGCUCCCACAUUCCCCACAUGAUUGCUUCACUUGUGCAUUUGGAAUGUCUUAACCUAUCCAAUGCCAUGUUUGGUGGACUAAUACCUCCUCAACUGGGGAAUCUCUCUAAGUUACACUUCCUCGAUCUUGGAGGAUGUGGAUAUAUUGAUGUACGAGCUGAUGACCUCGAUUGGCUCUCCCGAAUUCCUUCUCUAAAACAUGUUGAUAUGAGUUCUGUCAACCUCUCUAAAGCAACUAAUUGGCUUCACCAAGUUAAUUCAAUUCCCAGUCUUGAAGUAUUGCGCUUGGAGUGGGCAAGCCUCCCGUAUAUUCCAUCUCCUUUGCCCCAUUUUAAUAUGACUUCAAUCGUCAAGUUGGAUCUCUCUGGUUAUUCCAACUUGAACACAACAAUUCUAAGAUGGCUCUCUCAUGCUAGCAGCCUUGCAUAUCUUGAUCUUUCGUACUGUAGUGGUAUCGAUAUUGAGUCACUACAAGUCACUCUGGGAGCUCUGAGUAAUUUGAAAGCAUUAGAUUUGCAAUACAAUGGUAUCAAAGGAGAAAUUUUUGGAAUGAUAAUGAAUGUGAGCAGCAGGUUGAAGCAUUUGGAUUUAAGUGGGAAUUCAUUAAGCGGAGAUAUUGGACAAAUCUUGAGGAGCCUUGGCUCCUUGGAGUACCUUGCAUUAGAUGAUAACAAGUUCAACGGAGAUAUUCUAGAAAUGGUGAAAAAUGCCCCAAGCAGGUUACAAUAUUUAAGUUUGAGAUUCAAUCACAUUACCGGAGAAAUUUCACAAAAAGUAAAGAAUCUCACUAAUUUGGAAUACUUGGAUCUCUCGUACACCAAUAUUACAGAAAGUAUACUAAUGGCUUUUUGUGAUCUCAUCAACUUGAAAAGUUUGAUAUUACAAGGAAAUAAUAUUUUAAGACAAAUACCAAAAACUAUUGGAAAUCUCACCAAUUUGGAAUAUUUGAAUCUCUCGUACAAUAAUAUUACUGGAGCUAUACCAAUAGCUAUUGGUGAUCUCAUAAACUUGGAGAGCUUGAGAUUAUGGGGAAAUAAGAUUUCAGGACAAAUACCAGAAAUUAUUGGGAAUCUCACCAAUUUGAAAUACUUGGAUCUCUCGGACAAUAAUAUUACUGGAGCUAUACCAAUGACUAUUAGCGAUCUCAUCAAUUUGGAGAGCUUGAUAUUAUGGGAAAAUAAGAUUUCUGGACAAAUACUAGAAGCUAUUGGGAAUCUCCGAAAUAUACGAUGGCUAGAUUUAUCUGAUAAUCUUUUUAGUGGACAGAUGCCAGAGACCUUCAACAGACUCUACAACUUGCAAAUCUUGGAGGUAUCAUAUAACCACUUGACAAAGUUAGUAUUUGGGACUCUAAAUGAACUAUGCAAUUUGAGUUCUAUAGAUUUGUCCUUUAACCCUAUUGGUGGAAAGCUAACAGAUUUGAUCGAUGCUUUACCAGAUUUGCACAUAGCAAAUCUCACUUCUCUUCAGGUUUUGGAUCUUUCUUCCAACCAUCUUUCUGGUAGCAUUCCUUCGUCUCUAGGAAAUUGUAGUGCUAUGGUUGAGAUACAACAUGACACUACAUCAUUGCUUAAUCUUUUUAAUGUUAGCGGUUCCUAUAGCGAGAGCAUAGUAAUAACAGUCAAAGGUUUUGACAUCCAAUACACCAGAAUUCUCUCACUUGUAAAAAGCAUAGACCUAUCAAAUAAUAAUCUUUCCGGCGAGAUCCCAAGAGAGCUAACAAGCCUCCAUGGAUUGCUUUUCUUGAACUUAUCCAAGAAUCAUUUGAGAGGAACCAUUCCAGAAAAGAUUGGUUCCAUGGAACAACUGGAAUCACUUGACUUAUCGAUGAACAAUCUCACCGGAGAUAUUCCUUCCAGCUUAUCAUCUCUCACCUUCCUAAGCCACUUGAAUCUCUCUCACAAUAACUUGUCAGGAAGAAUUCCAACAGCCGGUGGUCAAAUGUCGACCUUUCUUGCCGACCCGUCGAUCUAUGAUGGUAAUGAAUACCUUUGUGGUACGCCACUGCCAGAGUGCCCUGGUGAUGCAGAUCAUCAAAGUCCACCUCAUGAACACGAAGAGAAAAACGGUGACAGGCUUGAAACAGUGUGGGAAAUUACCAGCAUCGUCAUGGGAUUUGUGGUUGGUUUUUGGAGUUUUGUUGGAACAAUGAUCAUGAAACAGAGCAUAAGGAUGGCUUUCUUUCGAGUUUUCGACAAGGCCUACGAUUGGUGCUACGUGCAAUUGGCAGUCGGAUGUGCAAGGUUAAAGUCCAAACAGCAAAGUGUGACUUGA